AUGGCGGACUGUACUCAUCAUGAAUACUCAUUUACAUCUUGGACAGGAAACGUGAUUUUCCAGACAUUUCAGUUAAACAAAAUGAAAGUAAAAGAGUUGGAACGAUUUGCUCAUUCUGCAUGGUCACCCCUUUCAAAUAGUCGUACUUAUUUAGCGACAAUCACUGCAGAGGAUAAUCGCCAGUCGAAUGAUUCAUUAACAGAUUCAGGUGUUGCAAUUCCUUCAGCUUUAGAAAUAUUUGAAUUUGAUGUUAAAGAGAACAAUUCGAUGUCUAUGCAAUCUAAUAUUAGUUUACAAAUUAAACAGAAAGGUACAUGCUUAUUAUGGACAGCACCAAUAGGUGAUUUGGAGACUGGUCUUCUUAUUUACGGGACAAUUACAGGAAGUUUAUAUUUAUAUAAUAGUCAAAAAAUUGUUUCUACUUAUCAUCAACAUAAAAAGUCAUCACUGAUUGAUGAUAAUAAUCAAGAAAAUAUUAUUGAUUUUAAUGAGAAUACUAUUCAUCAUCAUGUUAAUGGGGAUCAGCACAAGUGGAAUACAACUAAGCCUUCUAUUACUAUUGCUGAGAAUGACUUAUCAAGCUUUAUAUAUACUUCACGUGAAAAUGUUCAUAAUGGAGUUGUGAGAAGUUUAGAUUUCAAUCGAUUUCAAACAAAUCUCUUCGCUUCUGUGUCUAACGAUGAUGAAAUAUUUAUAUGGGACAUUGAAAAAAUGGAACAACCAAUGUCACCGGGGGCGAAAAUACAACCCGUAGAAAAUUUGAAUAAAGUUGCAUGGAAUCCACGUGUUCAGCAUAUAUUAUGCACAACAAGUAUUGGACGUUGUGUUAUAUGGGAUUUACGUAAAAGUGGACCAGUUCUACAAUUAACUAAAACAAUGUGUCAGUUAGAACCUCAAAUUAUGGCCUGGAGUCCAGAUGUUGCAACCCGUUUGUGUCUAACAGAUCCAAAUAAUCCCAAUGCUGAUAUACAAUUAUGGGAUCUUCGUUAUCCAAAGCAUAUGCUUGCUUUGCUUGGCCAUUGGCCACCGAUAGCAUCUCAUACAACUAGUCAACUAGCUGGUUUUCCAUUAGGCAAUGCUGGGACAGUGAAUUCAUUAUGUUGGGGUAUACCAGAGUGUCAAAAGUCAACGAAUUAUAAAUCACAUUUAUACGAUACCGAUAUGAUAAUGACAGUGAUUGGUGCUUCCGGGGCAUUACCUACAUUAAGUGGUACAUGUGGUACUAAGCUGAAUCCAACCUAUGCUGAAAUGUUAGUUGUUUGGAGUGUUGAUCAGGCACUGAACUCUUCACCGGAUACUGACACAUCUCAUGAAGCUACUCCUCAACCGAUAUUUAUUAGUCGUCUAGAAGGAUUAGAAGAUCAAGAGUUGGCUAGUGGAUUAUGCUUUAAUGAUUUGCCAACGAAUAUGUCAGUUCACUGUGUACCAAAUUAUCCAAAUUUACUGUGUGUUACACAAUCAGACGGUUGGAUAACUAUACAUAAUCUAAGCAGUGGAUUGACGCAUCAAAAAAAUCCGCAACAUGAACAAGUCAAUGUUGAACGUUAUGCUAAACAAUGUAAAUUAGCCCGAAAUUCUCAAAGUAUGCGUACAUCGCAUAAAGUAGCCGAGGCAUUCAAUGAUGGUGAGUCAUUGAUCACUUUGGAUGAUAAUAUACACGAGAAUAAAGCUCUUAAUGAAUCCGAUUCAUUAUAUCCUGUUUCAAUGGAUAAUAGUGGAAUUACUGGCAGUAGUGGGAGUGGUUUUACAGACGACCAACAGAUGGUUAAUCCAUUGAUCGAGCAGUUAUCAAAUGAUUCGAGUUAUUCUAUGAAACCGAUCAUUCAUACAAUUCCUCAGCCUAUGCCUCUGCUACGUGUUGCUCCAUGUUGGUUAAAAAAGCCUUGUGGGGUUAAUUUUGCUUUUGGUGGUCGACUUGUCAUAUUUUCCUCAUUGUCUCAACUAUCAACAAAGCGUACGCGUACUCUUAGCUCAAUGACACUAAAACGGGGUGAUCAUUCCAAGUCACCAGAAACAACAGCCACUGGUGAACAUCAACAGUCUAUAACAAUCCCAUCAUCAGAUCAUCAGCAUCAGUCAAUUCCUGCGGAAUCACAGGCCUACUGGGUCAGUAUUAAAUGGAUUGAUCUGAGUCAACUUGAAUCAUCUGGUGAUAGUGUUAGUCAACAAUUGGUUGACAACAAUUCAUCAACUCAAGAAUUCAUUGACUGUAUCACGAAUGCAUUGAAUUGUCCCAUGGAAUAUUUAUUAACAGUAUGUGAUAAGGCUAAACAAUUGUUACAAACACACAAUUAUCAGCCUUAUCUUGACUUAUGGAAUGUAAUACAUGCUCGAUUGGGGGAACCGUCAUCUGUGAAACUAUCGCUAUCUAAACUGUUUGGCUAUGAUAAAUCUGAUCAUCAAGAUUUCACUGGAUGGACAACUGACCAGUUAUUGGAGACCUUAAAAAGAAGUCUUGUUACAGGAGAUAUUCAUACUACUAUUCAGUUAUGUUUACAUCCAGACUUUGCAUCAUUGUCAUUGCCAAAUCUAUCUACGCUAAGUGUAUUCGGUGUAAUGUUAGCUGAUUCACAUCGAACUGAUCAGCCGCAAGUGUUUUGUGAAGUUCAAACAAAGAUAUUAACCAUGCUAAAUGAUUUCCCUAUCAAACAUACAGCUUCUUCAUGUCUGAAUUCCGUUAUCAUGUUGUUCAAUGGUGUGUUGUGUAAAAAUUGGUUGACUUUGGUGAAUAAUUGGCCUCUCAGCGAUUGGAGAACAAUUUUAUCAGCAAUCGUUAAUCAUUUAUGGGAUCAAGAUGUUGAGCUGUUCAAAAAUUUGUGCUCAUUGAUUGUGAAACGUUUACUCGACAAUUCUGAUGAUGAUGGCAAUGCUAAUAAGGAUAUGAAAGAAAUUCACAAAGAUCUUUCAUCCAAUGAAGUUGGAUUAGUAGCAUGUGUUUGUUGUAUUAUCAGUGGAGACUUAGAUGGCUUGACUCAAUGUUGGCUACGCCUAAAUAAUAUUGAUAUAAGUCAAUUAGAUGAUGUAACGAAAAUCCUGCCCUUAGCACUUCAACUGGUCCUUUUACACCGUGUAUCACAAACUAACAAUAAUUAUUGUCAAGACCAGUUUGAAUGUCUCCAGUCGAAUCAAUUAUUGAUGAGUCUUGCUAUCUGGUUAGCAGAUACAAGAGGUGGUCAGUGUGAGAACAAUUUAAUCCUUGCAUUGAAUUUAUUGACUAAAACAAUCUCAUCAUCAUCCUUAAGUACACGAAAUGAUCUAAUUGACUUAAGACAUCGUCUUUGGUGUAAUUUAAGCGUUGAACAACAGCAGCAACAAUACCAGCAAUACUGUCAACAAGCAUCUUCAUCUUCGGAAUUACAACAACUCUUUCAAUGUCCAUAUCCGCAAACCGGAUGCCAUUGUGGUUUGUCUCAAUCGAACCCAUCACUUGUUAUGACUAAUAAAGCAACACAUCAUCAAAAAGCCAUGCAUGCUCAGCAAUCAUCAAUGUCUACUAUCUUUCCAUCAUCAACACAGAAUCUUCCACCACAACAACCACACUUGCACCCACAACCGUUAUUACAACAACCAAUACAAUCUACUAAUAAUUUCUAUGCGCCAUUGCCAUCAGCAAAUAUUUCAAAUCAGCCACUAUUUCCUUCUCAGGGAAUGCAGUUGCAGCCGCCAUUACCUCCACCUCCCCCACUACCAGCAGCAACACAACAGCCCCAACCAUAUUUUCCAUCGAGUCAAAAUAUGCCUUUUGAACAAUGUCCUCCUGCUCCCCCUCCUCCUCCUCCCAGUGCUUUCAGUCAUCCUUCUAUGCCUAGUGUUAUUGAACAGACUAGAAAUAUUCAGCUUAAUGCAAAUCAACAACAUGCAUCUCCUAUGCCGAAUGUAGUCAAGCCUCCCAUUCCAUCAUUAUCUACCCCGAUGAAUACAAACAUUGGAAAUAAUAUACCAGCUAAUUAUCAAUCACCAUUUAAUAAUAUGCCUUCGUCUACUGCACAGUAUGGUGUACAACAUCAGCUGCAAUCACAACAGUCAGUACCGUUGCCACCACCACCACCGGCCUCUCAUCAACAACAACCUUUACAACGUCGACAAACAUCUACUUCACCUGGUUGGAAUGAUCCACCACUUCUAUCAAUGAAUAAACCACCACAAUCAGCUGUAUCACACAAUCCAUACUAUAAUCCUAUGGAGUUUACCAGUUCUAGUAUUUCUCAGUUGAAUAGUUCCUUAACACCAGGGGCAGGAUUCCCUAGACCUGUACAACCAAGUAUGCCUCCUCUGCCACCAUCUCUGCAAACAGCAGGAUCUGCCCUUAGUCAACCAAAUGUGCCUUAUCCUUCAUCAAUGAAUAAUUCUAUCCCGUCAAUGAAUACAAGUGUACCUCCACGACAAGGACAACCGCAACCACAACUUCCACCAAUGCCACCAUCACAACCAUCAUUUGAACAGUUACCACCUGCAAAGACAACUCCUGUUCUGUCACCACCCCUUUCAGUAUAUCCACAAAUGCCAGGGGGAGGAGUAUACCAACAGUACCAACCACAGCAGCAUCAACUACAACAACAACAACCAGACCCAUAUCCUCAACAAUUUCAGAAUACUCAGUUUUCACCUUCACCAUCAUCUUUAGCUCCACGACAAGCUUCAUCGACAUCAUCAACUAUCUGGCCAGCAGCACCUCCACUGUGUAGUAUACCUAAGACGAGUAUAGAUUCAACUCCUUAUACUGAUAGCAACAAUAUUUUAACAUCAAAUUCUUCUCCUGAUGGUUCUGUCAAUGUUAAUACUGUUUCACAGACUUCAAAUGUCAAUUCAGAUACUACUACUACUACUCCUGCUAAUAGCAGUGGUAAUGACGUUUGCUUAUUACCGGAAGAAUAUAAUUCAAUACGUAAAGUACUAAUUGAUUUAAUAUAUAAUUGUCGUCAAACUGGAGGCAAACAAUAUCGUAAUAAACUAGAUGAUGUAGAACGUCGUUUAGACCAAUUUUUCAAGAAUAUCUCUACUGGUACAUUACAAUUGACUGGUUCCACUUUUGAAUGUCUGCAACAGUGUACCCUGUUAGCUGAACAAUUCAAUUAUACUGAAGCAUUGAAACAAGUGAAUUUGUUAAUUCAGUCAGCUUUUCAAUUACCAGAUAUUCAGUGUUUUGGUCCAGCAUUAAAAAUAUUAAUGCAAACAGCCAAACAAUUAUAUCCAACAUCCUCUCCAACUUCUGCUGCUGCUGCUGCUUCGACUUCAGCUUCAACACCGGUGAAUCAGUAUCCAGUUGUGUCUCAUCGUAUUCAUUAA